AUGUGGAGAACACUCGCAGCUGCAUUAAGAUCAAAACACGAUAUAUGUUUAACUGUUGCAACUAGCGGUAUAGCAUCAUUGUUACUUCCAGGAGGUAGAACUGCACAUUCAAAGUUCAGGAUACCGGUACCAACUAUGGACAAUUCUACUUGCAAGGUUGAAUUCAACGAUGAUGUCGCAGACAUGUUACAACAGACAAAGCUUAUAAUAUGGGAUGAGGCACCAAUGGCGCAUAAGUAUGCAAUAGAAUCGCUUGACAGAACUUUGAAAGAUGUUAUGAGUGCAGACAAAAAUUCAACUGAUGUAUUCGGUGGAAAGGUUGUUGUUUUCGGGGGCGAUUUCAGACAGAUUUUACCUGUCGUCCCCAGAGGCAGUCGUUCCGAUAUUGUACACUAUUGGCUUUUAAGAAUAGGAGAGGGCCGAAUAUCUGAGCCUAAUGACGGCACCGCCGAAAUCAACAUACCACCUGAUAUUCUGAUAACAGAAUUUGAUGAUCCAAUCGUGGCCAUUGUCAAUAGCACAUACCCUGAUUUCAUAAAUAAUUUCCAAUGUGUUGAUUACCUUAAAAGUCGAGCGAUACUUGCCUCUACACUGCAGAUUGUUGAUCAGAUCAAUGACCAUAUACUUAGAUUGAUGCCAGGAGAGAUUCGUGACUACUACAGCGCAAAUUCAGUUGACAAGUCUGAGAUUCAUGACCCAGCAGUAGUUGAUAUCCUCACACCAGAAUUUCUAAGUUCCCUCCGAACAUCAGGAUUGCCAAACCAUCACUUAAAACUAAAGGUUGGGACACCUAUAAUGCUCAUGAGAAAUAUAGAUCAGGCUGAAGGUUUAUGUAACGGCACAAGGCUGUGUAUAACAAAGAUGGCAGCCCAUGUACUGGAGGCUUCAAUAAUGGGUGGUAAAGGUUUGGGAAAUUUGGUUUACAUACCUCGAAUGGACAUGUCACCAUCCCAAUCACCAUGGCCAUUCAAACUGAAUAGGAGACAGUUCCCUAUUAUAGUUUCCUAUUCUAUGACAAUUAACAAAUCACAGGGACAGUCAUUGGAUAACGUUGGUUUGUACUUACCGAAAGAUGUAUUCACACAUGGCCAGAUUUAUGUCGCAUUGUGA